AUGUGGACGCACGAUCCGAGUACUCAGAGUAGGGGUGAAUAUGAAAGACUCGGAGCAAAAAGUUUAAUCUCAAGUAACCGGAGCAUCGCUGUGACAACAUCAGGAGAGAUUUUGUAUGUCCAUAACAAAGAUUACGAGACAUCAAACUUUCAAAGGAACAGAAUGUUUUACGUGUACAAGAGGGUUACAAAAGAUCUAGAUGACCCGAGUACCUACGACACAAGGCUUGUGGAGUUAGAUUCUCUUGGUGAUGAAGCCCUGUUUCUUGAUUUGGGUAUCACCGUGAACGUGGCUGCUGACCAUACACUUGGUAUCGAGCCAAACUCUAUCUAUUUCACACGUAGUGAUCGUGUCCGUUACAUGAGAAAUUCAUGCCUCGAUAUAUGUGUGUACAAUCUUGCAACAAGGACCAUCAAACGCUUCCCUGAUCUCUUUCUCUCCAACUUGAACGUUAGGGAUGCUCAGUGGUUUCUCCCCUCUUGA